AUUGUUCCAGGUAUGUACUAGGUAGCUGCUACCUGGCACUAGCGCCACCUACGAACCCCUCCAAAGGAGUUUCAGGCAAUGAUUUAGGCGGUGCCGCCAAUCAGCAAGCUAUCGCGUACUUAAGCUACUGCUGGGCCAGGAGUUCGUCACUGUCAGUUGCGGCCACGAACAACGUACUCGUAAUAUCCUCAUGCGUUUCUUUCCUCCUGUCCAACAUCCACAGCAAGCUGCCGCAUAGCCCUCCUAAUCGCAUUCGCGAACCCUGUUUGUUCAACAACCGCCGCCAUGGCUGCCCCAAACAACAUGCAUAAUCUUACAACCCUCAUCAAACGACUUGAAGCCGCAACAUCACGCCUCGAGGACAUCGCGUCGUCAACGGAGCUUCCCAAAGAUGUCCCCGGCCUCGGACAGACUGCGACGGCCGCAUCGGAACCGGCUGCGGCACCACCACCCCCGGCACUCGAGGAGCCUCAGGAGGCGCUGCCCGAAUCGAUAGAGGAUUUCGACAAUUUCCUCAACACCAGCCUCGACAAGUAUGUCAAGCUCAGCAACCAGCUGGGAGGGGCUGUUGCCCAGCAAGCCGCCGAGGUUCUCAGGGGCUUUCAGGAACAGCGCAAGUUCCUGCUCAUCGCUUCCAAGGCCGCGAAGCCGUCGACCUCUGGAUCAAGCCUAGUCGUCUACCAGAACCUGCUGAAGCCCAUCACGGAAGCACUCAUGGCCGCGACCGAGAUCAAGGAGAACAACCGACCCGAUCCAAUGUAUAGCAACUUGAGCGCUGUUGCGGAUGGAAUCAUGGUUCUGGGCUGGGUGACCAUUGACCGCCGCCCUUACAACCAUGUUGAAGAGUCCUUGAGCGCUGCGCAGUUCUUUGGCAACAGGGUGCUCAAGGAGCAGAAGGACAACGAUCCCAGACAGGUGGAGUGGGUGCAAGCAUUCUACCAGAUCUUCCAUGACCUCGGCGACUACAUCAAGCAGCAUCACCCGUCAGGCGUGGCCUGGAACCCCCGAGGAGAGCCUGCCGAAGAAGUUGCGAAAUCGCUGGAUUCCAGCAAAGAAACACAGCGGCCCGCUGCCAUUGCCGGCCCUUCUGCCGGCGGCGCUCCCCCGCCCCCUCCCCCGCCUCCGCCGCCGGGCCCGGCUCCUGUGCUGGACAUUGGAUCUGAUUCCGCAAAGCCAUCUGCGGGAGCGCCUGCUGGGGGCUUCGGGGCCGUGUUUUCCGAGCUCAACCGAGGUGAGGAUGUCACCAAGGGCCUGCGUAAGGUGGACAGGUCGGAGAUGACGCACAAGAACCCGGCUCUGCGCGCAGGAUCCACAGUCUCGGACGGCGCCAGAGCAAAGAGCCCCGUUCCCGGCAAGAAGCCCAAGCCUGAGAGCAUGAGGGCCAAGAAGCCCGCCAGGAAGGUUCUCGAGGCCAACAAGUGGACUGUGGAAAACUUUGAGAAAGAGGCACAGCCCGUGGAGAUUGAGGCAUCCAUCACCCACUCCGUGCUGAUCAGCAGGUGCAACAACACCACGGUCAUUAUCAAGGGCAAGGCGAACCAAGUCACUGUCGAGAACUCGACGCGGCUGUCUCUCGUUGUCGACUCUCUCGUCUCCACGGUGGACGUGGUCAAGGCGAACAACUUUGCGCUCCAGGUGCUCGGCACGGUGCCAACCGUCAUGCUCGACCAGGUCGACAGCGCGCAGGUCUACCUCAGCAAAGAGAGCACAACCACCAAGCUCUUCACCAGCAAGAGCGACGGUAUCAACCUGAACAUCCUGGCCGGACCUGACGACGACUACAAGGAGGUGCCGCUGCCUUCUCAGAUCUGCUCGUACUACAGCGAGGAAAAGGGCGAGUUGGUGAGCGAGAUUGUGGCCCAUGCCGGCUAAGAGGAGCAACUGGCGGGAACCAUACCUACCUACUACUUACGGACAGUCGGUAUAUACGGUCCAUAUACAUACAACCACUAUAUUCAGGUAGAGAUUAGAAUUGAAUAUGGCUACAUGGAUUU